UUGUUUUUUCCCCCUCCGGGAAUCCUUAAUCUUGCCUUAGCGAGGACGGAAACGAAGCAACAGAAUCACAGCGAAUCGCCGUUCCGUCGCUCCCGGGCGGUCGGAUUCACGGACUCCAUCGCGUAUGAUUGACGCCCCGAAGCCCCCCACCGUGUAUUUUGAUCAGGAUUCAGAAGCUGCGCCAAUCCCUCAAUUGGGUUCUGUGUCUCUCCCUCCUCUCUCGGCUUGAAAGAUGGGGAGCAUGGUGAAGAGUUGCAUGCAAUCGAUUCUGAAGUUGGUGAACUCCUUGAUUGGAAUGGUGGGUAUGGCCAUGGUUCUGUACUCGGUCUGGAUGAUUCGGGUUUGGACGAGGCACAUGUCUGAUCUCGAUCAUUCUGCUCAGCACGCCCCUUGGUUCAUUUAUACUUUUCUUGGUCUUGGAGUUACUUUGUGUGUGAUCACAUGCUCUGGACAUGUAGCUGCAGAAACAGUAAAUGGCUGUUGCCUUUACCUGUAUAUGCUGUUCAUCUUUUUGCUUCUCAUUCUGGAAGCUGCAGUAACUAUUGACGUCUUUCUGAAUCGUGACUGGGAAGAGGACUUUCCAGAGGAUCUUACUGGGAACCUUGAUCUCUUGAAAGAAUUUGUCAGGUCAAACUUUGAGAUGUGCAAAUGGAUAGGCUUGUCAAUCGUAUCUAUCCAGGGACUAUGCAUUCUACUGGCAAUGGUACUCAAAGCUCUUGGGCCGCAUGAAAACUAUGACAGUGACGAUGAUUUCUCCCCUGACAGAGUUCCUUUGUUGAAAAAUGCUAUGGUCCCACCACCUUAUGUUGUUGCAGACCCUGCUUAUGGAUCCAAAAGCGAGGGAUGGAGCAUAAGAAUCAAUGAAAAGGUGAACUUGCAUUUUUAGCAUGUGACGGGUAAACAUGCAUGAUUUGUCUAUUGAGGAAGAUUCAUACUAAGGUUAUCUUAUCUCAGUAAAUUGGAGCUGGUCACUUCUGUUUCUUUUUGUUACAUUAACAUAUCCUCUUUAUUGUCCUCAAUGAUGAUUCCUCAGAGAUGAUUGGGUUAAUCCUAUUUUGUUCAGCCUCAUUUUGGAUCACAAUUUAUUGUUUCUAGUCGAUGUGAUUCUGUCCGACCAGCCUGCACUUCGUGAGGCAGACAAAAUGCCUACAGCUCUAUGUUAAUAUUUGUUAGAGGGCAUCCUGAAAUUGAAUUUAUCUGUACCGCUGGACAUUUAAUAUUGUUCUGUGUUUGUUUUUCCGAUUCGAAUUAAGAUUCUUCAUUGGACUGUUUACAUGGA